AUGUAUCUCAACAUCACACACUCGCGUCACCGAGAAAAGUGGAAAUUGCAGGUGUCAAUUGACAAUAACGGUCUCCGGUGUUCGUCCAAGACGCAGAGAGAGAAUGUUGACCAUUUCAUUUCAAGGCGCCGCUCCACCUUUUUUGCUACGUCCAAGGAGGAGGCGCCACAUACUAGCAUUUCAUUUGCUGCUACCACCGCCACCACUACCACCACUACUAUUGUGGGACACAAGAUGGACAGUUACUACCACAGUCAUCGUAGUCUCAGUCGACGAAGAUGGUUCUCUCCUGAAGGUUGGUUCGGCAUUCCUCACACCACGCCAACAAAUUUCACCACUGAGUUGAUGUGCAAACCUUUUUAUAAACGUCUUUUAGAAGUUAUAAAGCGCUAUGGUUCCAGUCUAAGUGAGCAUGAACGCGGAGAAAUCCUACACUACAAGAAGAUAUGGUACUUUGGAUUGGGUACACAAAAAACCACCGGAAGAAAUGAGCCCUACAAUAAUGGAUUUGACAAUAAGAAAGGGGAGUACAAGACAACACCACACGAUCACAUUGCCUAUCGCUACGAGGUGAUUGGCACAAUUGGCAAGGGUGCGUUUGGUGAGGUGGUAGAGGCCUUUGAUCAUCGAAAUCAACAGAGGGUGGCGCUCAAAAUCAUAAGAAAUCGACCAAAUCUCCAUGAACAGGCAAAGGUGGAAGUGAAGAUGCUUAACAUCUUGAUGCGUCGCGAUCCCAAGAGCAAGCAUUUCACUCUCCGCAUUUUUGAUGAUUUCACCUUCCGCAACCAUCCCUGCAUCGUGUGCGAGUUGAUUGGGGACAAUCUCUUCGAAGUGCUUAAGCAGCGCGAUUUCCACGGACUGCCAACAAAGGCUAUUCGAAGUAUAACACGAUGCAUUCUCAAGUGUUUGACCAUCUUAAAUGAGGAGUCAAUCAUUCACUGUGACAUUAAACCGGAGAACAUCCUUUUAUUCCCAGGCGGUAAAGCACACGUAAAGCUAAUUGACUUUGGAUCCAGUUGUCGAGAGUCUGAGCAGAUCUACAAUUACAUUCAAUCGCGGUACUAUCGAGCUCCGGAGGUGAUCCUCGGACUGCGCUACUCAACCCUCAUCGACAUGUGGAGCCUCGGUUGUGUACUGGCGGAGCUCUACACAGGCACGAUUUUUCACUUUCCUCUUUUUUAA